GUUGCGGCGUACGCGCGCUGCUAGCACAAUUCGCGUAGCGCGCUUCUGGCGGAUACAUUUUGGGCGCGGGCGGGAGAAGCGGAGAAAUCGCGAAACAACUCCAAACCCCAGGCUCCCAAGCCAAGCUUCCCGCCCGCCGCCCUUCGCCGCCGCCGCCUUUGCCGAUGGCGAUGGAGAGGAAGCAAGCCACCUACAGCAACCUCGACGAGAGGUACGCGAUCCAGGGGGAGAAGUACCAGGGGCAGCAGUACAGCCACAUCUACUUCACGCGCCUCCACCACAUGCGUCCCCUCCUCCACGCCCUCGCCCCCUCCUGGAAGCCGCAACUCCCUGUCACUACAGUGUUAGGACUAGAAGAAGGAAAGGAUUGCAUAAUUGUUGGAACUUUAUACAAGCACAUGAAACUGAAGCCUUCUAUUCUCGAUGAAUACUCCAAAGAGAGGUCCGCAACUCCUCUGGUCAAACCGCACAAUUUCAUGCAUCCUGAUGAUCAUCUCAUUCUGGAAGAUGAAAGCGGAAGAGUUACACUUGCAGGAGCCAUAGCUCCAAAAUCAUAUGUGACUGGAGUUGUAGUAGCUCUCCAUGGGAAGGAAACAAGUGCCGGGAACUUUCUUGUUGAAGAAGUUCUUGAGGCUGGUCUUCCUCCCCAAACUGCAUUGUCUAGCGCAAAUGAAGACAAGUAUGUGGUAUUCGUGUCAGGGUUGAGUGUUGGAAGCAGCACAUUCAAUCCUCUGCAGUUCCAACUUCUUAUUGACCAUAUCACAGGGCAUUUGGGAGAUGAGAAUGAGCAAACCAUAGCAUCAAAUAUAGUACGUGUUGUGGUGGCUGGGAAUUCAGUGCAUAUUUCACCAAGGUUCUUGAAUGGUCAGAUGGUAACAACAAAAGAUCAAUCCAGGAUAGCUGAACCAAUCAAGGAACUGGAUAUAAUGCUGACCCAGCUUGUGGCAUCAUUGCCUGUAGAUAUGAUGCCGGGAUGUCAUGAUCCGGCAAAUUUUUCUUUGCCUCAACAGCCUUUGCACAGAUGCCUUUUCGCUGGAGCAUCCACCUACAAUACUUUUUCGUCAUGUUCAAAUCCCCAUCAAUUCAAGCUUGACAGCGUCCAGUUUAUUGGAACAUCUGGCCAGAACAUAGAUGACCUCUACAAGUACUCUGAUGCCAAAGACAAGCUGGAGUUCAUGGAAAGAACACUGAGAUGGCGCCAUCUUGCUCCGACUGCUCCAAACAGCCUAGGAUGUUAUCCAUAUACAGACAAGGAUCCUUUCCUUGUUGAAACUUGCCCACACGUAUACUUCGUUGGGAAUCAAGAUAAAUAUGAGACUCGAUUAUUGGAAGGGCCAGAAAAACAAAAAGUGAGGCUAAUCUGCAUUCCGAGAUUCUUUGAUAGUGGAGUUGCUGUGAUGCUCAAUUUGAGGAACCUGGAAUGCAGCACUUUGAGUUUCUCAACAAGUUUUGAUUCCUGAGUAUGCUUUGAUUGUAUGAAGUCCAAAAGAAGUCGGUGUAGCAAGCUAUUAAGGACAGCUUAAUCCUGGAUAGGCGGGUUGAGCCUUUCAUGAGGGAACUACUGGAACCCAUAGGGGUUCAUGGAAAUACCUACCUCAAAAAGGAUGCACCUGAACAGUUCUUUAUUAGAUCUAUGAUGACCGUAAGUUUUGCCAAUUAGACCUGUUGAUGACUGCCGGGUACGGACUGUUGUAACAAAAGCUGAAACUGAGGCUGGACAGUACGCAGUACGUACCAAUCAAAUAGGAGCUCAUGCUUCGUUUCCCAGUCACAAUCAGCUGAUUCAUUUAUCAGAUGUAUUUUGUCAUCAGUUGUGUUCUUGUGUAGCAUGUGAAUUGAGAAAUUAAGUUGAGAUGUGAUUUGUUUUUA